AUGGCAAAGAACAGUGCAUUUAUUGGGUUACACGAAGCAAAUGAACAAAUAUCCAGUGUACUCACUGUUGCAAACAAGUCAUUUGACAAUUGUACUGGAAACAGCCAAAGCAGAGCAGCAUCCAUUACCAUGUUUUACCACAUCGCCAUCAGCCUCAACAAGGGCCACAAGGUGACCAAGAAUGUCAGCCUGUGGAAGCACAGCUACUGCUGUGGACAAGUCACCAAGCACACCAAGUUCAAGUGGGACAUGAUGCCCAAGGUGUGCAGCUUCACCCCCUAUGAGUGCCACGCCAUGGAGCUUCUCAAGCUCUUCAAGGACAAGCACGGGCUCAAGUUCAUCAAGAAGCAGCUAGAAGGCAGCUUGCAGCUAGCCGCCCUGUUGAGAACACAGGCUAGGCAACUUAGUGACAAAGAAAGCAGUUAG